CUGCGGACAAGGCCAGGCCUAGCUUCGCGCGCCGUCGGGCGGUUGUUUCGGGGUCAGUGGCCAGGAGAGCGAGAGCCCAGCGAGCUGGAGUGGGCGAGCGGGAGUGAAAGGAGAAAAGCUGGGGAGCGAAGGCAAAGCCGGAGGAGAGAGGGCCGCGCUCGGCGUAGGAAUCUGCCUUUGCGGUUGCGUGCGCUUACUUCCGGAGGGCUCCCUCCGCGGGGCGGGCCCGCAGGUGGUUAAAGGCAAAGCGUUCCCCUGCACUGUGCGUAAAGUUGACUUUCUGCCCGCUAGGCCACGCUCUCUUCCCCAAAAUACCUCCUAGUCGUAUGUUUCCAUAGCCCCAGUUCUUACGUGUUUUGCCCAAGGUCUCACAGCUACAAGAAGGCAAUUUCUAACGAAGCCUUCUGUGCCUUCCAAAUGGAUUAUUUUGGCCGGCUUCCACCCAGACAGGAUGCCAACCGAAUGACUGGACCAGUGCAGGAGAGCAGCUGUCAUUCGCGGAGUGCCCCCUUGCGAGCUGGGCGCCCCACAGCGCAUAUUAUCCGUAAUUUGUCUGAAAUCGAUGCUGAUUUGUUUUCCGAAGGCAAAUCAGCAGCUUAUACAGACAUUGGGGCCAGCAAGCUGGUGAACAAUGGGAGACAGCUUGCUGAGUGUCAGGUCUUCCAAGAUGAGCUUAAACUUCGGGUGGUGGGCAGGCUCGAUAGGUGGGAAAGGCCCGUGUCCAGAUGAAUGCAGCCCAUGUUUAUAUGGAUGAAAGGCACGCAUACCAUUUGGUCCAGCUCAGCCACUCUUACAGGUGCUGGCUGUGAGCACUGGUGUGUGUGUGCCUGCGUGCAACCAGCAAUGGGAGUGAUGACCAGCUGCAUGAUACCUUAAUUUGAGUGGACAAAGUCUGUCAAGAACCACUUUCAGGCUUCUGGGUCUCCAAGUCUUUGUCUCCCUGUAUCCAAACGAGGCAUUCCGAGGUUGACAGCAUGGAUCAUUGCAUGUCAGAAAUACCCACGGUGAAACUGGGUAAAAAGCUUCAGGAGGUGAUAUUGAUGUGUACAGUUUAGGAAAUAAAACCCAACAUUUACCUCAAAGAAUGUAAUUUGUGGCUUUUUAGAGAUAAGGAUACUUUGACAGAAGUUUUCAUUUGUCGUUUACAUGUAUAUGGUACGUUUCAUUCUGACUUUUAAUUAAUUUGUUAUUUUACUAUGGAAACAACUUUGUAUUAAUAAAAUAAUGUAUUUCCAAUGUUAUAAAUUGUGUUAUAACAGUUUCAAAAGCCCAAUAAACAAGAUGCAUUUUGAUAUCAA